AUGAUGAAUGGUUUUCCAGCAAAGUUUAUGCUGGUUAUUGCAGCACUAGUGUUGCUUCUCAUGGGGGAGUUCCAAGCAACAUGUGCUUUUCUUCGCGCUGAAGCUGAUCAAGGUAUUGUGAAGAGUACUUUGUCGCAUGUUGACUGUACAAGAGAUGGCUUGAGAAAGAUAAAUACUGGAAGAAAAGAAGGUAGCUUUGGAUCAUGUCAAACUGACAUUUUUAGCAAGAAAAUAGUGCCCAUCCGACGCAACCUAAGACGAGUGAUAGUGCCCAAGCCACCUUCUCCCACCAGAAACCUCCCUCCGCACCACAGGCAUCCGCCAUCAUUCAAUGAUACUCGCUCUCCGGAAUCCUAA